AUGGCGCCGAACGCCACUGAGAAACUCCACGACGAAGAGGACCGCGGUGUGUUGGUGUAUGAUGCACCGGGAUUCUUUGCCAACGACAGUAAAGUGCCUCGAUGGAUUCAGAGCCUCGUCACCGAUGUGUUCAGCUUCGUGAUCUUGCACUACUUCGUCUGGGGUGUCCCGUUCCUCGUCUUGUUCUACAUUUUCCACAAGUACGACCUCGACUACGUGUCAAUCGCCAUGGUGGUGCUCUACCUGCCCUCAUUCUUCAGCGGAGCGCACAAGACCGGUACGGGAAACGUGUGGGAAGACGCCACUCAACCAGAGGACGACGCAGCUAUCAUACCGGUACACACUCGUACCAGCAGUGGUCAGAGCGCACCACGCCGCAGGAAUCAAGGCAGGAACGAGACAAAGCACCCAUUUGCGUGGACAGUAAAUGCGGCUGAGGUGCUGCUGAGAUUGCGAUUCGAUAGCCUGAAGGGGUUGUUUGAUGGCACGAAGAACUUGAAGCAGCUGAGUGCUGCGUGGGAUUACCUAGCUGCAGAGACUCACCGUAUUGGUGGCCUCGAGGUUGAUGCUACCCAGUGCAAGUCAAAGUUGUAA